GCUGUGUUUUCACCGAUAGCACCGACUCUAAUCGGAUUCAGUGAUAUCUUCGGGAUUCUGAAGAUAAUACUGCAUGCAAUUGGAGUUGGCGCGGGGUGCUCCCUAGUGCUCACUCCCAAAAAAAUUCUUCGUGGUUUCUGUCCCUUCAACCCUCGGGUCAUCAAGGACGGCUUCAUCGAGGUCCUAGAUAAUGUCCUACAAUAUGAACUUAUCUGGUGCUCGAUACUACUACCCUCCUGCCAACGUUGAAGCGGGUGGCACAGCUGGUCUCUGGAACGGUUAAACGUCUUCACGAAUAAGUUGUGUUCAUGGUGAUGUAAAACCUACCAAUUUCUGCUACAAUGCCAAUUUGUCUGCACUAGCUUCCAUGAUACAUUUCGUCUGCUCAGCACUCCUGGCGAUGGCCUGAGCAAAUGGCUAACGUCGCUGGCUUAGCGACUGAUUUGUUACUGCGGAGCGAUCAGACCGCUGAGGUCGAGCUACGCCGCAUCAAGGAAAAACCACAACCUUUUCACACCCGCCUACCUACCUGCUACCCUCAUAGCACCGACGAGUUAGAGGUCAUCUUAAAAUUGAAGUC